UCCCAAAAAUUGCCGAUUGGGAUGGAAUUUUCAUCAACAUUCAAUCUCUCAGUCACGUCAGCCUCCCGGUUUCUUCACUCCAUUUACAGUCGAUUUCAAGGGCUUGCUAUUUUCUAAGGCGUCUGAGGGUCAAGAUUUCGCAUCGCCAUCAUGGCGUCUUCCGAGCAGGUCAAGGUGACUCAGGAUUUGCUCUCAAGAGCGCACUCUCCCGACAGCGCAAAUCGCAUCUAUAGUGAUAAGAUCCAGUAUCGAACUCUUCAGCUCAAGCCAACAUCUCCUCCUGCAGCUGCUCUCAAUGCCAGGGCAGCACGUCAAAGAGCUCGUCUGCAGGGCAAACUCCGGGGGAAACAAAGGCCGAAGCCGCUCUCUGCUCGUGAGCGCCGCCAGCUAGGUCUAUACGACAUCCCCGAAGAGGGGCAGAAGUAUGAAAUUUACGAAGGGCUGAAUAAGCUGUGGAUGGGCUACGCCUUGGAAAUCUUGGGCAACGACAUAUACACCGGCGGCCCACUGGCUGCUGCGAAGCUGGCAAGCGCCGAGUUUCACGGGGCUGAAGCCGAAGUGGUGAGGAGUCGGUGCCCAGGACGAGUGGGUAUCAAGGGCAUCAUUGUGAGGGACCGCAAGUUUGUUGUUGAGCUGAUUACAAGAAAGAGGGGGCUCAAGGUUGUUCCAAAGGAGGGGACCACGUUUCGUGUGGAAGUAUCCGAGCCUCAACAAGCCAAUGAUGCCCCGGAGAAGAGAUUCGCCUUUGAGGUUCUCGGAGACCAGAUGAUGCUGCGCUCUGCCGAUCGAGCCAACAGGAAAUUCAAAUCGCAUUUCCUUAAAAACGUCUAGCGGUUGGAUAUCACGACUACUUCGAUCUCUGAUGCCCCCGCCCCUAUCCGUCAUGAGUUUUGGGAGUGUCUGGUCAUACGAGCUCCACGACCGAGGCUGGCUUGUCCAUUUUUAAGUUUUCAAUAUUGGGAUAUACGUCGUCAUCCUUCACUCGUAUCCUACGUAUUGUUGGACUGGU